UUUAUACACCUCUCGGCUGUCGGCAGCAAUUUCGAUCGAAACAGUUUAACACAGGCAAGCAAACAGCUCAGAACGAAGUGCGUCAACACAAAUCGAAGUGUUUUAUUUUUUUUGGUCAAUUUAGUCGACGACGAGUGCGCUUAGCGUCAUCUGCCCAACAACAAAAGGACACACACAACCAAACCAAACCAAACCACAAACAACAAACAACAAACUAAAUAACCACAAAAAUGUCUGAUCGCAAAGCCGUCAUCAAGAAUGCUGAUAUGAGCGAGGAGAUGCAGCAGGAUGCUGUUGAUUGUGCGACACAAGCCUUGGAGAAGUACAAUAUUGAAAAGGAUAUUGCGGCUUAUAUCAAGAAGGAGUUCGACAAAAAAUACAAUCCCACAUGGCAUUGCAUUGUGGGUCGCAACUUUGGAUCGUAUGUGACACACGAGACGCGCCAUUUCAUAUACUUCUAUUUGGGCCAAGUGGCCAUUUUAUUGUUUAAGAGCGGUUAAAGUAUUGUCGAGUCGGAUGAAGUGGUGGUCAGGAGGUUGGAGGAGCAACAGCAACAUCAGCAACAGCAGCAACAGUCACCAUUAGAGUUGGAUUAUGCGGCUGCUGCUGCUGAGGUUGCUGUUGCCGCCGCACAGAGGAGAGAGCAGGAGGAACAGCUGGCGGAUGCGGAAGAUGUUGAAAUGGAGAUGGAUGUGGAGCAUGAGGAGGAGGAGCAACAACAACAACAGCAGCAACAGCAACAACAACAGCAACAGCAGCAGGCAACAACAGCAGCGGUUGUUCAUCACAACGAUACACAAUUAACACAACAGCAACAACAGCACGAAGACAUGGAACUAGAUAUGAUGGAGGUGGAGGAACAACAAGAGUUGCCGGUGUCUGGUGCUGUUGGUGCAAGUAGUCAGCAGCAGCAGCAGCAGCAAGUUGUUAAUGAUGACGACGAGAACAACGACAACGGUGAUGAUGAUGACGAUGUGGAGGAUGAUGAUUAUGAUUUCGAUGGCCCCAUUGUGGAGGACAGCGAUGCCACCAGUUGCAGUAGCUGUCGUCGCGCCGAUCUCGAGGAAGCUGAGUAUCAACAACAGCAGCACCAACUGGCAAUGGCAGCCGAGUCGUCAUCAGCAGCAGCAACGCCGCCGUCACCGCCACCAGAUGUCGCUUAAAGCAAUCGGAGAAUGGGGUGGUCAAGUGACGACAUUGCACGUUGCACGUUGCACAUUGCGCGUUGCAAGUUAAUUGUCGUAUCGUGUAAAUAACAACAGCUUUUCUUUUAAGGCCGCCCAAAGUCGUAGGAGCUAAAUAACCUAAUGCAAUAGAGAGACACAUAGAAAUACACACAUAUAAACACACACACACACAUACACAUACACAUACACGUUUAUACAACUGCUAGGCAUUACCAUUGUAUGAAUCGACUUAAGCAACAGUUGGACCAACGCUGUUUAGUUACUAUUAUAUUUCAUCAGUUUUCCUUAAGCCAAUUCCAAAUUCCUUUCCCCACCCCCAUCCCCUCCACGCCCCAUUUAUACGCUUUAGGUUAUAUUUUUCUAUUGCAUUUUUUAUUAUUUCUUUUUUUUUUGUUUGUUUCUUCCCUCCCUAAGUUUUUGACAUACGAAUUGCAGAAAUGUAAAUUGUAGUUGUUUUAGCACGUGAAGAACAUUAAAAAAAAAAAAAAAACAAAACCAACAAAAUGUAACAUACAUAAAAAUGAAAACAAAACAAACAAAAAAAUGAAAAAGAAAAACACAUACAAUUAUGCAUUUUGAUUUGAUUGUUUUAUUUGUUCGAUUAUUUUCACAUUCUCAUGUUCAUUUCAUAUUAAAUUGCGUCGUUUUUCUAAUUCGCCCAAUGGUUUUGCACACGUUGGUUUGAGUCUUGGCUUAGCAAGCGCAACAACCAUAUUAACGAGCAGCUACACAAUAUACAUACAUAUGAACACUAGCAUACAUAGCACAGGCAACAACCACCACUGCAACCGAACGAAUAAAAGCAAAACCAAAAACAUAAACAAUUUAAAUGAGACAAGACAAAGAACUAUUUGACAGCAACAACAACAACAACAACAAAUGGAAUACAAAACGAAUUGUUUUCUUUUCUCUUGGUUUGGAUUCAAACUAAUUUGUCGAACACACCGAAGUACACGAGGAAAUAAAAGCAAGCAAAUGCUAAGCAAAUUGUUUUUGUGCUAAUAAAUUGGCAACCAAUAUUUUUGUUUGUACAAUAUACGAUUAAAAUGUAUAUUUGAAUUACUCUGGAGAAACGAUCCUCAUGAACCAAAUAUGUUGUUGGAUUCGAGGAACUUUCCAAGAACUCUUUUUUUGCAGCUACCAAAACUGUACGACGUCGACGGUUUAGGCAGCACUGAUGAUCGGACAGAUCGAAGUUGGCCAAUUGUUUGAACAAUUGUUGUUUUUGCGUGUGUUUUUGUAUUGGUUAAUUUUGUGAAUCUCAAUGGCCUAAAUUGAGCAAAUAUUAUAUAAGAAAUAAAUAAAAGAUUUCCAUCCACAAUAGACAUUUGCAAAUCAGAAAGUAAACAAAUAAAUGCAAAAUGAAAAUAAAUAUCAAUUAAAGAAAAAACGAAAAAAAAAAACAACAUUAUAAUUGUCAUCUUGUCGUUAUAUAAA